AUGACUCCUGAGUCGCGCAGAGACUGGUGGACGAUCCCCACCGUGGGUCUAGGCACCUGGAAAGCGGCCUAUCCGGGGGAAGUGACUGAGGCAGUAAAGGCGGCCAUUGACUCCGGGUACCGGCUCUUCGACUGCGCUUACUUAUACCAUAACGAGAGUGAAGUUGGUGCAGGGAUCCAUUGCAAGAUCAAGGACGGUGCCAUUAAUAGGGAGGAUCUGUUCAUUUCCAGUAAGCUGUGGUGUACCUAUCACAAGAAGUCCUUGGUGAAGACGGCGUGCAGCAGGAGUCUGAAGGCCUUGAAGUUGGAUUAUCUGGACCUCUACGUCAUACACUGGCCCAUGGGUUUCAAGCCUGGAGAAAGAGACUUGCCUCUGGACCGCACCAGCAUGGUCAUCCCCAGUGACUCUGACUUCCUGGACACCUGGGAGGCCAUGGAGGAUCUGGUCAUCGCAGGGCUGGUGAAGUACAUCGGGGUGUCAAAUUUCAACCAUCAACAGCUACAGAGGAUUUUGGAUAAACCUGGGUUGAGGUUCAAGCCAAUAACCAACCAGAUUGAAUGCCACCCAUAUCUGAAUCAGAAGGACCUGAUUAAAUUUUGCCAGUCCAGAAAUGUGUCUGUAACAGUUUACCGGCCUCUCGGUAGCUCCUGGGAGGGGCUUGACAUGAUGGAUGACCCAGUAAUUGAGAAGAUCGCAAGGAAGCACAACAAGUCUGCAGCUCAGAUUAUGAUCCGAUUUCAGAUCCAGAGGCAUACGAUAGUCAUUGUCAAAUCUGUCACCCCAAAGUGGAUUAGAGAGAAUAUCCAGGUGUUCAAUUUUGAAUUAACAGAAGAAGAUAUGGAGGCCAUGCUCGAGCUGAACAGGAACCGCCGGCUGGCCACGUUCCCCACAACUAAAAAUCACAAAGACUAUCCUUUCCACAUAGAGUACUGA